AGUUCACUUUUUCUACUAUAGAUCUGAAUUUCAGUCUCGAUUUUGCCGCGUUCGUCUAAAGGCGGUUCCGCUGUUUUAUAUUUAAUAUUUUUUCGAUGCAAGAAGUUUGUCGCCUAACGCCGGUGGACGCACAUUGAAAGCGUACAAUAAAGUGCAGGGCCAGUGCACGCGCAAAUAGCCGAGUGCGAUAAGGACAGCGCGAAUAUCACAUGUGGAUUUACUCACAUACAAGCGAAAUAAAAACACUAGCACACAAAUAUAUCGAGCACAAAAAAUCUCACAAUUCAGAUCCUAGUAACUCGCUUCGGCAUUCAUAAUUUUACAUCAGGGUUAGGCGGGCUGACGUUUUUUCGUAGCCGGCUUUUUUAAAUGUUUAUUUUUCGGGAGCACGUGGAUUUUUUAUGAAUUUUGGCCGAUAACGCCUUGGACUUUUACCUUACGUGUUGUGACUACAGUGCUACCUGUAUUAUGUGAUAUUAGUGACAUUUAUGCAACAAACUGUGAUUUAAUGUGGUGAUAUUGGUGAAUUGAAGACUUUUGGAUAGUUAGAGCAGAAACCGGAAGAGCUUGUUCACAUGACAAACGAAACCAAGAAUUUGAGGAAACAUUAAGUGCCAAAAAAUAGAUACAAAUUAAAGUACUUAGAUUAGAUAUUCAAGCCAAAAGAUGAUGGAGGGAAGGACUAUAGAAUACAGACCGGAUGGUGGUGGUCUGGAUUACCACAAUUCACCGCUUAUGGCGGAAAUACCCAUAGAUAACUAUUCGCAUAUCCAUAGAAGUAUAGAACACCUUAGAUCGAUAGGUAUGCCUACAAGCCUCGAUACUCAUAGACAUUUAGCAGCCAAUUUAACUGAUUUAAGAAGAUAUGAGCAUCCAGAUGACAUGCCUGAAAUCAAGCCGUCCGUAUUAAGACUAUCAGAAUAUAAGACAGGUCUGCACGACUUAAGAAGUCAUAAUGAUCAGGAGAAUGAUAUCCAGCGCCAGAUGACACCACAUGACGAGGGACAAAAAGGUUACAGCGCUCCAUCGACGCCGCUAUCUGAAAAUGGCGGCCAAAUCCAGGAGGAAAAGGUCGAGGAGGAAAGAUGUGGAAGGAAAAAGACGAUAUCUGAUCCAUCCGAAACCGAAUCUGGUUAUGGGAUCCCAAGGAGUGCUACUAACCCCACUGAAUGGGGUAUGUUGGCUUCCUCUGAUCACGAGGUUUUCGGCUCCAAAGCAGAUUUGCAGCUUCAUACGCAGAUACAUCUCCGAGAAGCGAAGCCGUAUCGUUGCACCCAGUGUCCAAAAGCGUUUGCCAACUCUUCGUACCUUGCCCAACAUUCUCGCAUUCAUCUUGGUAUCAAGCCGUACCGCUGUGAGAUAUGCCAGCGCAAGUUCACUCAGCUCUCACAUCUUCAACAGCACAUCCGCACCCACACAGGUGACAAGCCUUACCGGUGCACCCAGAUCGGCUGCACCAAAGCCUUCUCCCAACUCUCCAACCUACAAAGUCACAGCCGUUGCCACCAAACCGACAAACCCUUCAAAUGCAACUCGUGUUACAAAUGCUUCACACACGAGAAAGACCUCCUCGAACACAUUCCUAAACAUAAAGAAUCAAAGCAUUUAAAGACUCAUAUUUGUCAGUACUGUGGCAAGAGUUACACGCAAGAGACUUACUUAAGUAAGCAUAUGAAUAAGCACGCCGAGAGGGCUGAUAAGCGGCCACCGAUUUCUGCUUUGGGUUUGAGCGGGCUCAAUAGAUCCUUAGCAGCUGCUGCGCCAACUGCAGCUCCGUUUGCUGAUCACCAUCCGUACUGGCCAAAAGUGAGCCCAGACUCAGCAGCGCACAUGUCUGACGAUGGAGGUUACCACCAGCAGCGUGAAAACGAAGACCAUCACGAGCAACAUUUGCAGCAACAAAGAGCACUUUUUGCCCAACAUGAUAGCCAAGAAGACCGGAUUCAGCCCGCAGUUUCUUCAGCAGCAAACUCGGCAUUCACGCCAAUCAACUCGAUGGCUCCUCAUUUGAAUGGUUUGUCACAUCACAGUGCUUUACCGACACGACCAUAUCUCUACGAUCCUCUUCACUUUCAGCAAAGCAAGCAACAGCCUAACUCAUUCCCCAAUCAGUUGAUAUCAUUGCAUCAGAUUCGAAAUUACGCACACCAGCCGUCGCUUCUUCCCGCUGAACAUAUUCUCCCUCAUGCGCUUUCACACAAAGACAAACAGUAAACUGUUCUAGUAGAUACAUGUAUUUAAUAUGAUUGUAUUAUUAGACUAUAAAUUAACGAAAUAUUAUAAAAAAAAAAAGUAUUUAGAAUCUCGCUCUCCCAGUUGUAUUAUGUAUCAAAUACGGAAAGUAUCCUUCGUGGGGCGAAUUCACAUUAGAAUUGUAUAAAAUCUGGGUAGAUAAAGUAAUGUACUAGGUACGAAAUGUGAUUUCUGAAUUGGGAAUGUUAGUACUUAAUAUUGAUUAGUUGUCAUAAAUUCACUGUCACCAUUUACAUUAAAAACAGAAUUAAAUUGUUUUGAUGUAAACUAAUCAUUACAGCAAAUGAAAUACGUGGAUAAAGGAAUAAAUAAACUAUAAUAAUUCGCUUAUACUGGCAUAUUAUUAUUCUUGUAUUUAGAUGUAUGAAUAAUCACAUUUUGAACUGUAGUUAUGACUAAUUGUACUGAAUAAUAUACAAAUCUUAUUUUAUGUACAAGGACAAUUUUUAAUGCACAUUUUGCGAAUGUUCUAUGUUGAGAACUAUAUAAUAUUAAAUUAUAAUGAAUGUUGUCGCAUGAAAAUAUCCGAGUUCCUGGUAAAUAUUAAAAUAAUCAUUAGAUCAGUUUAUAUUAUAUUUAGAGAAUCAACUGGAGCGUAUUCUUUGCAUUUUACGAUCUUCGGUAAGAUCAUAUGGAUCUCUAUUGAACAUUUCUGCACUCAGUUCCUACUUAGAUUGAUUGUAAUCUUAAUUAGCUUUAUUUCCUUCUUGAAUAUUUGUUACUUCUCGUUUAGGAAAUAUGAUCUUCCUUCAGUUAAUUUAAAUUAAUCAUCUUACAGUUGAGCUUCAAUGCCAAGUGUGCCGUUGUAAUUUUUUCCAUUAUUAAUUAAGGUUGUUUAAUUAUGCCUAACAGUUUUAUUAUCUCAUUUCGUAAAACGGGGAAUAUUUUGAUAAUUAUUUAUAAUCUAUUGAAUUUCUUCAUCGUUUACCUUGAAUACAUUUUCCGCUUUUAUGUAUAAUACGAGAUGCCAAACUAUAUUAUUUUCAUCUUCUAUUCGAUGCACGAUUGUAUAUUUUGUAAAUAAGAAUCAAUCUUUGAGAAAUCUUGAAUUUACUAGGUUUUUGUUUAAGUCUAAUAUGCUUAUGCUCAAUUAUAUUAGACAUAAGAUCGUUUGAUUUCGGGAUUUACAUCUUUGAUUUUGGAAAUGAAUGAGCCGACUGUGAUUGGUUUUAUGUCAUAGUUAUUUUCUGUUGUUCGUUAGAACAUAAAGAAAGCCAAAGAUUAUUGGAUCGAAGGAUUGCAUCUGAUAAUCUUUGCUGGUUUAGACUAAUUUUUCGUAUACGAAUGUUUGUUGAUUUUUUUCUAAAUGUCGAAUUGUAUGUACUUGGUAAACAAAUGUGAUAGAAAACGGUUGAGGCGUUGAAUGCAUUCAUAAUUGGUUCGUUAAUUUUAGGUUAUAAAUGUUAGGUUGUGGUUAUUUGUGAUUCGGACCUGACCCCUUGGGGGACUUCCGUUUGUCCAUACGUCACAAAGUUAGCCAAAUGUAAGUUAAGUUCUUGUACAAAUGAUAAUUUUUUAAUAACUACAGCAAUAUUGACUCUUCCGAAUUGUUAGAUAAUGCACUUCUUAUGUAUAGUAUUGAACAUGACAUAAUUGGCUUACGUUAGUGAUUUGUCGGGACCGACUUUUAUCAAAAACUUGCAAUUUAUGAUUAACAAUUAUUGUGCAUUUAUUCCAAACAAAAUAUGAUCAAGUAUAUCUUUUGGGGGCUUGUUAUUUUGUCUCAAAAGAGUCAAUUUAAUUAUGAAAUACUUACAAGAUUGCCCAAACAUUUUUGUCUUUUCCAUUGAAACGUAAACUUAUCCAAAAGUUGCUUCCGGCAAAAUUACCACCUUUGUUUUGUUUUAAAUAUGUGAACGUAGCGAUACAUCUUUAAAUUGUAAACGCUGUUAAUUAAUUCACUGUUAUUGUUAUUGUAAAUUUAAUAAAAAAUAACAAAAGAACAUUCAAUAUAUAAACGAGGCAUUUAAUAAUUUGAUUUCGAACUUUUUUCUGGAGUUGUAUACAAUAAUAAUAUUUAUUGCCUUCUAAUAGAGUUAAAUAUUAUAUAAAAUCUACAUAAUAAAAUAUUAAUAUAGUUCGAUUUAGAAGGCUGAGCUUAGGUUUCUUGAAAUACUAUUUCGUGCUGGUUUUUCAGCCAUUUCUCUAAGGUUGUUUAAAAGGUAAUUAGAGAGCAAACUAAUAACGAUUACAAAAAUAUAAUGACACAUAUAUUUAUGUAAAGUUUAUUCUCAACUGUAUUUGCUCUAGUCUGUAUGUUAUUAGGUGAAACUAAUUUUGCAUACAUUCUACAAACUGAAGUCAUUAUUUUACAAUUCUGUUUAAUAACGGCGUUUACAAUUACAAUGUAAAUCAUAAAGUCCACAUAUGGUCGAAUGUAAAUCGCCAAUAUCUCUCUAUUGUAAGUAGAAAUGUGAUAUUGUAUUUGACUUUUUUUAGUGUAUACUUAUUAUUAUUAAAUUACAUAUUUUUGUAAGUAAUUACGUUUUAGUUUCGCUUAUCUAGCGUUCCCGUUAAGAUAUUUGGAAGUGGACGAAAAAAAUUUUUUGUUACUUAAAAUUGAUAAAAUUAAUUACAAUUAUGCCAAGAGAA